GAGUUCAUCGUAUUUUCUAUAAUGGGACUUCUUGAUGCUAGAGACUGGGCUGGCUUACAUGAUGGUUCACCAGGAAACCAAGGCAUAUAAAGCAGCGGGGCGCCUGGCCUACCUUUGACCUAAACGCAUAUCUUGAACCAACCACCUAACGAUUGCAUAUAACCAUGUGUGUGCCAUCGCUGACAGUAUCAUCAAAUUCCUUUCCAUGCACCGCAGCACUGGUCAAUGUCUCCAGACCACCACAUGAUACCUUUGAGAGUCAUGCUCGGUACACCCCACCCCGGGACUUCACACGAGCACUAUACAUUCCUCGUCAUGACUCAAUGACUUGCCAUCUCCCUCUGUAUAAUAUUGCCGAGAGCUAUCGGGAAUCAAUUCAAGAUACAGUUUUCGGUAGCUAUCUGCACUCGGUCAAAUUGAGUUAUAUGGAUAAGCCAAGAGGUAACGACAUGGUCGCGAGCGUGGAAUAUUUGGUCGACGCCAGCAAAAAGGAAGAAGAUGUUGUAGAGCUGCAAGUUCGGCGGAGAAGCUUGAAUCAGAGCGACGGCGUCAAAGCCAAUGCUCUAAUUACCUCGUCUGGUAGCCCCGAAUUCUUUCUUGUGGCCGAUCAGCGCGAAUGCGCCAGUGGUCCGAUGACGAUGUCCUUUCCCCUCGAACCAAGUGUGAGAGGAAAAUACAGGGUUCCGCACCCUUAUUUCACUUGGCGUCUCCCAGGUCACAAAGAAAAUCUUGGGAAACUAGUUCAAUGGCAAAUCCAUCCAGGACCAAACAGCCUGUUCCGCUACACAUUGGUCAAUCUGGAUGAACCUGAGAUACUCGCAAUUUAUAUUCAUGUUGGCAUUGUGGUGUGGCUACCUACAGACUUCAGUGAAGGUGUGCUCUUGCUCUCUGAAAGCGGUGGGCAAGAGCAGGAAGCCGUUGUGAUAGCAAGCUUAUUGACGAUGUUGCACCGGUUACGUGAAGAGAAGUCGAUACGCCCCAGCAGAGACAGUUCGACUUCAAAAUUAGCGAGGAGGUUUGUUUCCAAACUGCGCCUGCGUUAACCAUAAGGCUGAGGGUAUGAAAGCCUCAACAUCCGACUGGAACUAUACGAGAGAUAAAUGUGUUAGCCAUGGGUAUACGGCCUCAGUCAACAGCCUCUAGGCUUUAUAUUCAUGUCCCUCCUUCUUUGUUCUUGUUAUUCCUCUU